AUGGCGAAAAGCGCUUUGACAAUGGAUACAUAUUGCUUCCUGUACCGUGCUAAGAUGGACUUGGAUGGGUUGUCGCACGGCCCUAAGAAGAACGUCGUGCGGUACUACGAAGAUGGUGCAAAGUCUACGUCCGGAGGGAGAAAGUUCAAGGAAGUGGUUGCUCUUUCGUGCGAUACGCUAAGGAGCUACGCGGUCGACUCGUACUACAUCCAGUCUGUGACCGCUAAAGCUAUCGAGAACGUGCUAUCAGGUUCCCUUUGCCUUCUCAGCGGCGGGUGCCCAGGUGCCUUCGUAGAUAGAGGGCACACAAAAUCUGCAAGACCACGCGCACAAUGGGGCAGUGGCAUCCCAGCGCCUGUUCUCAGUGUUUUUCUGCUCAACCUGGCAGUUCUGAACCCUACAAGACAGUCCAGAUUUUCAGAGACUAGAAAGUCGACGCCUGAUGUAGAUACCUACUCCAUCGAGGAGGACUAUUGCACCAAAGAGAAUCAAGGACAUAUCUACUUAGACGUUCAUACUCGUAUUGCUCAAGCAAAGUUGGAGAUCAUAGACUGUUGUAACGACAUGACCACCUGCCAACAGCCACAGGACAACGCAAGUGCGCAGACGGAUAUUGAACAAGACGUGAGUCAGGAUGACAUCUGUGCGCUGCGUAAGGGACAUAUUCCCUGA